GUGAUGGCCUCCCCCAACUUUGCUUUUUAAGCUCUUACCACUUGCCACUUGCCACCUCAUUGCAUAGGAGGUCCAGUACCUUUCUCAUUUUACAUGGAAUAGUCAUCUUACGGUAUCUCAAAGUUUGGACAAUAUGGAAGGUCACAGCCACUCCUCAGCGAUCUUUCCGGUAGAGAUCACCGAUAUGUUCAUUGACCUCCUUCAAAAGGACGAGCAAGCUUUGCGCUCGUUCAGCCUCAUCAGCCGUUCCUGGUGUUCUAGAGCAAGGCUUUACAGCUUUAGGGAGCUAACGCUGAAGCCUGCCCGUGCAGACAAUGGCACACAGAGAUUAUCUUUCCUGCCGCGUCUGCGACGCUUGCAGGAGCUAUCUCCUAAUACUUGUCGAAGUGUUAGACACGUGUGCGUCGAAGGCGGCGACGUAUAUGGCUUAUAUAGCGACCAGCCGACCAUUGAUACCGGGUUUCUUCAGCAGGUGCUGCAACUCUUCACCAACCUAGAGGACCUGCUUUUGUCUUGCAGAAUGGUACAAUCUAAAUCGGAUCCCACGGGGAAUAAUCGUUACCACGACAAGUUUACCUCUCCCCGUGCUUUGAAAACAUUAACUCUGCGCCUUGACGUACGUGUUGGACACGAUAUAUAUCCACAUAAUGUUUUCGGGUUGCUUUCCUCCUUGGAGACGCUCUGCCUUGAUUGUUGUUACGUUAUGAUCAGGCCUCCAGGCCAUUUUCGAUUUCCGGAUCUUCAACGCUUGACGAUACGUGCAGGAACCACAGGAGAUUUCCUAAAUGAUUUGUUCUGGACCGAAGGCCAUCACGUUGACCUCCGUUCGCUGUCCUCCCUUCAUGUCGAAUUGGAUGAUAUCCCAUUCACCGAACUGAAUAAAAUCCUAGUCUCGGCCAGCAAUAGUCUUCAUGAGUUGCAUCUCGGCGGUUUAUUGCAGUACAUAUCGCACUACCUGUAUAUGGGAUUCUUAGGUACUGUCAUAGACGAUCCAUCAUCUCUUUGGGCAGGCAUCAACUUCGACGCUUGCAGUGCGCUGGCACACCUACAAUUGCAUUGCGUCGUGGAAAACCCCUCGAUACUACCCAACUUACCUCAGGCAGUAAUGCCGGCCAUCCUCUCUAUCCUCACAUUCUUUUCGUCUUCCGCUCACGCAUGUCGGCUCACAUCCAAAGACCACGGGUUGUCUAUCACCAUUGACCUCGAGGUUGUCUCACCCGAUCUCGAACUUCUCCAAUACUUAUUCCUUGUCUCGCCGUGGGCCCGCUUUCGCAACAUACUGUCAUCCUUACAACAAACCCACGGCCUGCGACGACUCCGCUUCCUACUACGGGAUGGACUUGGGAGAGAAGAGAGUCUUUCUGGGUAUCAAUUCCGCGAGACAAUGAUGCCCGUCAAGCAGGCGCUGCAGGACAUGAGUGAAGCUGGUCUUGUCAUUUUUGAGUGACCAUUCUAGAUAAUUCUCCAGACCGCUUAUUGUAUGAAGAUAAUACUCAGUUGACUGGUUCCACUGUAAUAUUUUUGAAGUGAGUCACAAUAUUUUCAAUGUGCAUUUGCAUAUGAUAUACAAGCUUGUCGACCGCUGAUACAACGCAUCGUUACGUGCCCUUGUGUUGAUUGCUGACGACUUAGCAGCAGAUUGUUCUGCCAGUAAAAUCAGACAUCAAUCGGUAAAUAUUCAAUUAGUUCAAAACUCGAACGAUGCAAGGUCUACUCACACUCCGCAUUGACGCUUAUCAAUUGAAGGGUCGUUUAUAUCGACAGGAGGUGUGCUAGGACCGCAAGGUGAAGGGUUGGCCAUGGCAGAGGCGACGAGGGCAGCUAUGACAACGAUGACGGCAGAAAAGCGCAUGAUGAAAACUGUGGUCGCCAGAGUGCUGGGUGAGUGAAUACGAGACUUCAACAAGAGUUGGUAACUCACCUUGCGUAAGAGAGGAGAGGCUUGACUUUUACUGCACGACUCUCUCCCUUAUAUACGACUAGAUACCUGCAAUGCUUUCGGCGGGCUGUGCUGCCGAUAUAUGAUAUAUCCAAUACUUUCAUUAACGAGAA